AUGAAGGAGCUCAGAUAUUUCGUUGAGGACGUUACAAAGAGCGCUCGUUGGAUUAAGAAGAAGAAAGAGCUUGGAUUAUGCUACCCAGAAAUCAAUCGAGAAACUAUUCAAAUGCUAUGUGGUCGACGGUUGACCACGAACCUGCGCGAUGAGUCAAACUUGUACCCAAAUGAGAACCCCUCAGAACACAACACCUUGAUUAUGCGAGGAUGCGAAUAUGGUGCGUUGACAAAGGAUAGAAAGCUGCAAGGAAAUCUUCUGCUUCAUAUCGUCAAAUAUCAACAGCUCAUAUUUGUGUCCUUAUGCGUCGUUAUGCUCGAAACUGGAAUUUCGAUUGAGACUGUGGAAUGGAUCAUGCGUCGAUAUAUCAGUGAUACUAGCUCAGCGAAUCUCCGGCGACUUCGAUAUGGAUGUUAA